AACAGCAACAAGAGGACAUGGUCCCCUCAGGGUGCUGCCCUGACUGCUCCAUCAUCACAGUGGCUGAACAAGUGAAGAAAUCAUGAAUCAUCAGUGAGGGCCUGAAGGCGAAGCUCGGAUUGUUUAUCACAGACCUUUUAAUUACUCGUCCUGUUUCCUGUGAGCAGUCUACCUGGAUUAUAGCUGAUUACUCGGAGUAACAUAUCAAGUUGUCUGGUGUUGACGUUGCAGAACUGGUGGCCUAAGCUAACGUUAUCUAGCUGAAACCUCCCAGGUAAACUUGUAAACACACUUCAGUGAAAGAUGGCUGACAACAACAACGGAGCUCAGCAGACUGAAGAGGACCCCGCUGCAGCUUUCCUGGCUCAACAGGAGAGCGAGAUAGCGGGGAUAGAGAACGACGGAGCCGGGGACGGGUUCGGGUUCGGGUCGCUGGAGGCAGCGGAGGAGGAAGGAGAGCAGCCUGAAGCUCAGCCGGAGCCGGAGCCUCAUCAGCCUCAGCCGGAGCCCACACCGAUACCGACACCGAUACCCACACCUGCCCCGGCGGUCAGCUACGACGGGUUUGAAGAUGAGCCUGCCACAGUGAAUGGGGAUUUCUUCCAGGAGUCCAAUGGUCCAACAGACAGCUAUGCAGCCAUCGCCCAGGUGGAUAUUCAGAGGCAAGAGCCAGAGAGUUUACGCAAGUGGAGGGAGGAGCAGAAGACACGCCUUGAAGCAUUAGACUCGGCAUCCAAGGCAGCAGAGGAGGAGUGGAGAGAGAAAGCCAAAAAGGAGCUGGAGGACUGGCAUGUGCAUCAGAAUGAGCAGAUGGAGAAGAACAAGGUCAACAACAGGAUUGCUGACAAGGCUUUCUACAAACAGCCUAACUCUGAUGUUAUAGGCUUUGUAGCAUCAGAGGAGGCUUUCGUGGCAGAGACCAAUGGCGACACCCCGGGAUCUGAAUGGGAGAGAGUAGCCCGACUCUGUGACUUCAAUCCGAAAACCAACAAACAGGCAAAGGAUGUUUCUCGAAUGCGUUCUGUCCUCAUCUCUCUCAAACAGACGCCUCUAGUCCGCUAGAGGAGGUUGUUGUUUCUAGAAACAUUGCCUUUUAAGUUUUAACCUCACGUUGCAUCAGACGAGUUUGUACGCCCUUUUCCAUAAAAUUCCUGGUAUGUUUUUAACCUUUUGAAAACUUCCCGCCUUUCUUGAUGCCUACGAAUUAAUAUACUUAAUCCCACUCUCUUGUGAGAAGAUGAAGGACUGCUCUAUUGUUACGACAUCCUUUGGCUGGUCAGUUUUAUCACUGCUAUAUUUAAGAAAAUAUUGUUACUGUAAGUUAAAACAUUUUCCUUCCCCUUUAACUUAUAAAUUGUUAUUAGGUCAGUUUUCUCGCAUGCCUCUGCCAAUAUUUUGGAUGCACAAUUUUUAGUUUUUAUAAAUUCGCAUUUUGAUCAAUGUCAAACACUUAUUAAGCACUACUGCGUAUUAGAUUGUAACCACUUUUGCCUCUCAUCAGUGUAGAAUCAUCAACACAUGUUCACAUUUGUUGUAUUAUAUCCCUUAUUACCAUAUUUAAUGUAGCUAGCAUCUUUUUCUCUUUCAAAUGCAUAAGCUUGUGGCCUUUUUGAUGUAGCUCUUACUCCAGUUUGAGUAUUCAGCCAGGUGGAAUUUCCUCUUCAAUUAGGCAAGAUUUCAGCAAAAAAAAAUAAAAAUAAUCACAACCAAAGAUCUAAAUUUUCACAUGAUUUAAGUUUUUUUACGAUUUCUCAUUUCAUUGAUUUUCUCAGCAGAAGUUUUAUGCACUAUUUGUGUUACACCAAUAUGUUUUAGUUGUUUUUUUUAACAGUAAACAAUAAGGUGUCAGUUUCAACAGUAAUGUCUGCACAUUGUUUCACAUGUUGCCUAUUUGGACAUUAUGAAUACUGAAACAAGUGAAUGUUAAAAGGGAACUGGAAAAUAAAAACUGUGGAGUUUGACCACCGAAA